AUGCAAGAAGCAGGACUGGGAAUGACUAUGUUGAGCGCAGAAGUCUCAGCCGCCGACCACCACCACCGUCAAGUGAAGGCGGAGAUAGCCACCCACCCACUUUACGAACAGCUUCUGGCUGCACACGUGUCAUGCCUCCGAGUUGCCACACCCAUCGACCAGUUGCCACUCAUCGACGCUCAGUUAUCGCACUUCAACAAUCUCCUCCGCUCCUACGCCUCACACCAUUCCCAUUCCCUCUCUCCUCAUGACCGACAAGAACUCGACAACUUCAUGGCACAAUAUUUGAUUGUGUUGUGUACGUUCAAAGAGCAGCUUCAGCAACAUGUGAGGGUGCAUGCCGUGGAGGCUGUGAUGGCCUGCCGUGACAUUGAAAGUACCUUGCAAGCUCUGACAGGAGUAAGUCUGGGAGAAGGAUCAGGUGCAACAAUGUCAGAUGAUGAAGAGGAUUUUCAGAUGGAUGGGUCUUUAGAUCAGUCUAGCGCUGACGGGCAUGACAUGAUGGGAUUUGGUCCUUUGCUUCCUACAGAAUCUGAAAGGUCUCUCAUGGAAAGAGUUCGUCAGGAGCUUAAGAUUGAGCUCAAGCAGGGUUUUAAGUCAAGAAUUGAAGAUGUUAGGGAGGAAAUAUUAAGGAAACGGAGAGCUGGGAAAUUACCUGGUGACACAACAUCGGUUCUAAAGGCAUGGUGGCAGCAACAUGCUAAGUGGCCCUACCCAACUGAAGAUGACAAAGCAAAACUUGUGGAGGAGACAGGGUUGCAGCUGAAGCAAAUCAAUAAUUGGUUCAUCAACCAAAGGAAACGCAACUGGCACAGCAACUCUCAAUCGGUCACCUGGAGUAUUCCCACUAAGGGUUUCAGUCUGGUGCAGGAGAUAAUAGGUGAUGUGCUAUACCAUAAGAUGGCUUACAAAAGUAAUGGUUUAAAUUCUUGA